AUGAAAGUUGGUAGCAAAUUAGUAUUGUUCGACGAGCGGCAAAAGAAAAUUUUUGAUAAAUCUUUUAAAAAUGUAAAAUGAUAAAUUAAUUUAGUAAUUAUUACGUCGAUUAACACAACGACAAAGAUAAUAUUAUAAUGAUAAUUUAUUGAAAUUAGAUUACAUAUGUAUACGUGGAAGAAGAAGAAUGUUUCGACUGGUACUUUUUUUUAAGUAACAAUACUAAUCAUUUUUUAUAGCUCAGUGUCAAGAAAAAUGAUUCGUUAAAAAAUUUACAGCGCUUACUACGUUAAGGAGAAUAAGAAACGAACUAGCAAGAUGCCACAACGUAUGAAAAGUAGCGCGUCCAACAAAAACAAAACGGAGGUCAAGGAAGAAGCUUCAACGUCAUCUGUUCUUGCUGGCAAUUCUGGCGAUGAUGACCCGAACGUAGCCGAAGUUGUGCUGUCGAAUAAAGGCGGGCCAAAAUUAAUUCACCACGGUUACAUGUACACGUUGCACAAGAAGCAACCGUAUAAUAUCCGAUGGAGAUGCGUCCGCCGAACUAUGUAUUGUAGAGGCAGUAUUAUCACUACCACGAGUUGCACGAAGCCGAGAGUGCGUAUGGAGCACAACCAUAAGCCAGAUUUUGCAGCCGCUCAGGUUGCUAGGAAACGUUACUUGGCUCUUGGCAAACCUAGCGUGUUAACAAACGUAGAAGGAAAUACUGUGAAGUCUAUGAACGUGUCACAACGAAUGCUUCACAAGGAGAAUGACAUACCGGAGGAGCAGAAAGAUAGGAAACCGAAAACGCGAGCUACAGCUAGAAAGAGUAAGUAUUUCGCAAGCUUUUAUGCAUUUAAUAAUUGGAACAUUGGAGUAUAUUAUGUUUUGAAUAGAAUUUAGUAUAAUUUAUACUGAAAUAUAUUUAUUUCUUUUUCUAUAUAUAUUGUUGUAUAUUAAAUUUUCUUUUUAACAUAUCAUCGUAUACUAAAUAGAUUAAGACAUCAAUAAAAUUCAUUAAAUGAUUCUCCAAAAGCAUGACAGAGAAUUCAGUAAAGUAAUUAGAGAUUCAUAUCUUUUGACACCUAUUUGAAAUCGUUGCAACUUGCAAUUAGGAAUGAAUUGAAAUGUUAUAAUGAACGCAAUUCCUACCUGAUUAAUUUAUUAAUAAUUAAUUUUUCAGUAUAAAAGGAAAAUUAAAUGUAUGCUAUUCACAUUCAAUUAUCUAGUGUAUCAAUCAUCAUGUAAAUAUUAAUUAAUUAUAAGCAAGAAUAUAAAAUCCAAGUUUUAAUUUGCAUUACAACUACAUCCAGUAAUUACGUUCAAAGUACAUGAAUUCAUUUCUUCAAGUUAAGAUAAAUGCCUAGCAUAAUUGCCUUAUGUUUACUAUGUAAAUCCAUAGUGAACGAAAGAACGUUUAGAGACUGACUAUUCUAAAAGAUUGUUCACUUAUAUAGACACUAAAACUUACGCAACUACUAUAGAUCUUAUAAAUUAUUAA